AUUUUGUUGCUGCUUAUCAAGUUUGAACAAUAAUGGUAUAAAUACAAGACUAAAAUAAGGAAAUAAGUUUGUAUAAAACUCUAAUCUUAUACAUAGGUAGAGAUAAACAAUAAAAAAAAUACAGAUUCUAAAUGAAAUUCUUUAAAUAGCUGUUAUGAGUACCAAGAGUCUUAUGAUGAAGAAAAGCAUAUAUUCCUAAUAAUUAUAAUUGUAAUUACAGCAGUUUGUUAUUAUUAUGAGAACUCAAUUUACAAAAUUUGGCAUAACAUAUAUGAAAUUAUUAGGUAGCAAUCUCUGAUCAAGGCAUUUAAAAUGUUUUUGUAUAGCAAAACUAUAAAAGCAAUCAUCAAAAAUAACUCUGUUAGAAAUGAUAUAGCAAAUCCGAAACAACAGGAUUCCUAACAAAUUAUUACUACUCCAAUCACAAGACAAACGAAAACAUCACAGAUGCC